UUGCUGAGUAGAAGACCAUGCCCCGGUUGUGUGCUCACUCUCCGCCUCUCUCCAGUUCUUCUCCUCCAUUAUCAUCCAAUUCAGUCACAAAUGGCCUUCACUUUCUCAGAUCUCCACACUGAAUCAGGCCUCAAGUCUCUCGACGACUAUCUCCCCGGAAAAACUUAUAUUUCUGGGGAUACGAUUACAAAGGAUGACAUCAAGGUGUACGGUGCCGUUUUAGAGAAGCCGGGGAGCUCCUUCCCCAAUGCCAGCAAGUGGUACGAAUGCGUCUCUGCGCAUCUCGCCCCAUACUUCCCUGGAAAAGCAGUUGGUGUGAGAGUUGGUGGCAAAGGUGCUCCAGUUGAAGCCGCUGCGGCCAAGGAUAAUGCUGGAGAUGACGAUGAUGAUUUGGAUCUUUUCGGAGAUGAGACAGAGGAGGAUAAGAAGGCAGCGGAGGAGAGGGAGGCAGCUAAAGCCAAAUCUGCCAAGAAGAAAGAAAGUGGGAAAUCUUCUGUUCUGUUGGAUGUGAAACCUUGGGAUGAUGAGACAGACAUGAAGAAGCUUGAAGAGGCUGUUAGGAGUGUUGAGAUGCCUGGUCUCUUGUGGGGAGCAUCAAAACUGGUUCCAGUUGGUUAUGGGAUUAAGAAGAUGCAGAUCAUGCUUACAAUUGUUGAUGACCUUGUUUCUGUGGAUUCACUCAUUGAGGAACAUCUCACAGUUGAGCCAUGCAAUGAAUAUGUGCAGAGUUGUGACAUUGUUGCCUUCAACAAAAUCUAAAAAUCUUUUAUUUGUACUUGACAUAGAAAGCUAUUACAAGCCAUUUUUGGCCAUGGUGUAGUAUUUUAUUUCAAUUCCUCUUAGCCCUGGGUACUGUUUAAAAGUGGAAAAGGUGAUCAUUAUGGUUAAUCUAAACUUAAUUUUUGUGUGGCUUGAGACUUUCGUUAAAUUCUAAAACAAGAGGAUGGUUAUUUGUUAUUA